AUGGCGGGUCAGCGGCUAGGCGCGGGGCCGCUCUGGGCGCUGGGCGGCGCCGCCCUGGGGGUUUGCCUCGCGGGGGUCGCCGGGCAGCUGGUGGAGCCCAGCACGGCCCCACCCAAGCCCAAGCCGCCCCCGCUGACCAAGGAGACGGUGGUGUUCUGGGAUAUGCGCCUGUGGCACGUGGUGGGCAUCUUCUCGCUCUUCGUGUUGUCCAUCAUUAUCACUCUUUGCUGUGUCUUCAACUGCCGCGUGCCACGGACCCGGAAGGAGAUUGAAGCCCGGUACCUACAGCGAAAGGCAGCCAAGAUGUACACGGACAAACUAGAGACUGUGCCACCCCUCAAUGAGCUCACAGAAAUCCCUGGAGACGAUAAGAAGAAGAAGAAGAAGAAGGACAGUGUGGAUACAGUGGCCAUCAAGGUAGAGGAGGAUGAGAAGAAUGAGGCCAAGAAGAAGAAAGAAGAGAAAUGA